CGAACGGAUGUACACGUGAGUUGCGUUGGGACUUUGCACGCACUUCGUUUAUUGUGACAUCUCACGUGUUGCCCACCUGUCAGGCUUCACUACACAUCCUGCGGGUGGUGCGCGCGCGUGUUUACGUUUACGUGUGUGGCUUUUACUGUUCGUGUGGUAAAAACCAGCUGGAUGCUACCCGCUCCUAGCUGGCGAGCUGUGGCCGAGCAGUAGUCCCUGCAGAGCGGCGAAGCUGUCCCAUUACAUCCGCCCCGCAAGACCGGAAGUAUGGAUCACUAACACGUGAGGAUGAGGAGCCGCAGUAACUCAGGAGUGAGGCUGGAUGGCUACGCCAGGCUGGUCCAAGAGACGAUCCUGUGCCACCAGAACCCAGUGACAGGGCUUCUCCCUGCCAGUGCCCAGAUGAAGGAUGCCUGGGUGAGGGACAAUGUGUACAGUGUCCUGGCCGUGUGGGGGCUGGGCAUGGCGUACCGCAAGAACGCAGACCGCGAUGAGGACAAGGCCAAGGCCUACGAACUGGAGCAGAGUGUGGUGAAACUGAUGCAGGGACUCCUUCAGUGCAUGAUGAGACAGGUGGCCAAGGUGGAGAAGUUCAAACACACCCAGAGUACAGCGGACUGCUUGCACGCCAAAUACGAUACACCCACCUGUGCCACGGUUGUCGGGGACAACCAGUGGGGCCAUCUCCAGGUGGAUGCCACCUCUAUUUACCUGCUGAUGCUCGCGCAGAUGACCGCUUCAGGUCUUCGCAUCAUCUCAAACCUGGAUGAAGUGGCCUUCAUCCAGAACUUGGUCUUCUACAUCGAGGCUGCUUACAAAGUUGCGGAUUAUGGCAUAUGGGAGCGAGGGGACAAGACCAACCAGGGCAUCCCCGAGCUCAAUGGCAGCUCCGUAGGAAUUGCAAAGGCAGCCUUGGAGGCCAUUGAUGAGCUGGAUCUUUUUGGUGCCCAUGGGGGGCCGAAGUCAGUCAUCCACGUUCUGCCUGAUGAAGUUGAACAUUGUCAGUCCAUCCUGUGCUCCAUGCUGCCAAGAGCGUCAACGUCAAAGGAGAUCGAUGCCGGUCUUCUGUCUAUCAUUUCCUACCCUGCAUUUGCUGUCGAGGACCCUGACCUGGUGGCCAUCACCAAGUCGGAAAUCAUUAGCAAACUGCAGGGUCGCUACGGCUGCUGCCGCUUCAUCCGGGAUGGAUAUCGGUGUCCUAAAGAGGACCCAUCUCGGCUGCACUACGAUCCCGCAGAGCUCAAGCUGUUUGAGAAUAUCGAGUGCGAGUGGCCCGUGUUCUGGACUUAUCUCAUCCUGGACGGCAUCUUCUCUGGAGAUCAAGUGCAGGUGCAAGAGUACCGUGAGGCCCUGGAGGGCGUUUUAAUGAGAGGGAAGAACGGCAUCAAGCUGUUGCCUGAACUGUAUGCUGUGCCUCCUGACAAGGUGGAGGAGGAGUACAGCAAUCCUCACUCAGUGGACCGGGUGGCCAUGGGGCAGCUGCCGCACAUGUGGGGCCAGUCACUCUACAUUUUGGGCUGUCUUCUGUCCGAGGGUUUUUUAGCACCAGGAGAGAUAGAUCCCCUCAACAGGAGAUUCUCUACUAACUUCAAGCCAGAUGUUGUGGUACAAGUUUGUGUUGUAGCAGAGUCAGAGGAGAUCAAGGAGUUGCUCAGUGAUCACGGGGUCGUGGUCCAGACGAUGUCAGAGGUUCUGCCUAUCAGGGUCAUGCCAGCUCGCAUCCUUAGCCAUGUUUAUGUCCGAUUGGGAAACUGCAAGAAGCUGAGUUUGAGUGGCCGGCCCUACAGACACAUUGGAGUUCUGGGAACAUCCAAAUUCUACGAGAUCAGAAAUCGCUCUUAUAUAUUCACCCCGCAGUUUCUGGAUCAGCACCAUUUCUACCUGGCGCUGGACAACCAGAUGAUUGUGGAGAUGUUACGAACAGAGCUGGCCUAUCUCUCCUCUUGCUGGAGGAUGACAGGGCGGCCCACUCUCACUUUCCCCAUCACCCGCAGCAUGCUGGUUGAGGAUGGAGAUGCGAUUGAUCCGUGUAUCCUAGCAACCCUCAGGAAGCUACAGGAUGGCUAUUUUGCUGGAGCGAGGGUGCAGAUGUCGGACCUCUCCAGUGUCCAGACCACUUCGUUCCACACACGCCUCAGCUUCCUGGACGAAGAAGACGACGACAGCUUACUCGAGGAUGAAAAAGAUGAAGAAUAUGGACAGGAAUAUAACAACUUUGGGCUUUCAGAUGGCUCAGAAGACAUGUUCGACCAGUACCUCACCCAGCUUCUUCAUAGCACCACCACAAAGUGCCAUCUUCCUCCCAUCCAGAUGGGGCAGCACCACGUCUUCAGUGCUGAACACACCACCAGAGACAUCCUGUCCUUCAUGGCCCAGGUUCAGGGCCUGAACAUUCCCAAGUCUUCCAUGUAUCUACCUGUGACUCCUGUCAAGAGCAAACACCGAAAAGCUCUCAACCUACUUGAAAUUCCUCUUCCUCCUCCUCCUCCCCAGCUUGGACCAAAUGUAAAGCAGCACAAGUCCCACAGCGCUGCAGAAUUGCACCUGCCUCGAGACUCCCAGGGCAACACUGACUUUGCAGCGUUGGUGAGGCAGCUGAGAGAGUGUCCAACUCUGCAGGACCAGGCAGACUUACUCUACAUCCUUCAUGCGAUGAAAGGAGCUGAUUGGCUAGUGGAGUUGUCAGGUCCCGGGCAGGACGGGGUCAGCGUGCGUUCCCUUCUGGAGGAGUUGUAUGUUCAAGCCGGAGCCUGCAAAGAGUGGGGACUCAUCAGAUACAUCUCUGGGAUACUACGCAAGAGAGUGGCGGUCCUCGCUGAGGCCUGCACAGAUCUGAUAUCCCAUCACAAGCAGCUGACUGUGGGCUUACCCCCUGAACCCAGGGAACGAGUCAUCACAGUUCCACUUCCUCCUGAGGAGUUGAACACUCUCAUCUAUGAAGCCAGUGGUCAGGACAUCAGUGUAGCCGUACUCACACAGGAAAUCAUGGUCUAUCUAGCCAUGUACGUGCGCUCCCAGCCUGCUCUGUUCGGGGACAUGCUGCGCCUCAGGAUAGGACUCAUCAUGCAAGUGAUGGCCACUGAGCUGGCACGCAGUUUGAAUUGCUCCGGGGAAGAGGCGUCGGAGAGUUUGAUGAGCUUGAGUCCUUUCGGCAUGAAAAACCUGCUGCAUCACAUUCUCAGUGGCAAAGAGUUUGGGGUGGAGAGGAGCGUGCGCCCAAUCCAGUCAACAGUCACGAGUCCUGCCAUCUCCAUCCAUGAACUCGGCCACACUGGAGCCACCAAGACUGAACGCACAGGGAUACACAAGCUGAAGAGCGAGAUAAAACAGCUGGAUGACUCUCGGCCUCUCAGUAUCUUCAGCGGCGGUCUUUCCUUGAGUAGCAAUGUCACAUCUCCUCGCUCCACGCGCUGCAGCAGCCCCUCCUCCACCCCCAGUGGGAUGCUGUCACCAGUGGGCCCCGGUCCAGGAGAUGGACAGCUCCACUGGGAGGACAGGCAAGGCCAGUGGCUGAGGAGACGCAGGCUGGAUGGAGCUAUCAACAGAGCACCAGUGGGUUUCUACCGGAAGGUCUGGAAGAUCCUGCAGAAGUGCCAUGGCCUGUCCAUCGAUGGCUAUGUGUUGCCCUCGUCAACCACGAGAGAAAUGACAGAGGGAGAGAUCAAGUUUGCGGUGCAGGUUGAGUCCGUCCUGAACCACGUCCCCCAACCAGAGUACCGGCAGCUGCUCGUGGAGACUGUGAUGGUUCUGGGUCUGGUAGCCGACGUGGACGUGGACAGCAUCGGCGGCAUUAUACAUGUGGACCGCAUCCUGCAUCUGGCCAACGACCUCUUCCUCAGCGACCAGAAGUCUCACAGUGUUAGUGAUUAUUUCCUGGAGAAGGACCCAGCAACAGGAAUCUGCAACUUAUUCUACGACAGCGCCCCUAGUGGCAGCUUUGGCACAAUGACCUACCUGUCCAAGGCGGUGAUCACUUAUGUGCAGGACUUCCUGCCGAGCACCAGCUGUCUGAUGCAGUGAAAAAGCUGAACACCUGAGGAGACAUGUUUUACAGGGAGAGGAUCACCUGGCCAUUAUCAGCUCAUACGAUCCAUGUGGUACUUGUGAGUAUUUACUCUUCAAUAAACUCUGAAGCUCUCAUACAUUGAUGUAACAUCAUGGCGUUGGCAGCUGAUUUCAAUUCACAUCUGAACUGUGAGCUUAAACAUUCAGCUCAAAUGUGUGUUUACAGUACUUACUAAUAUGCAUUAUAUGUCAACUUACAUUUGCAAAUAUAUUAGCACAUCUCUGUACUUGGGUUUGUGCGUAAUAUUAUAUAAACAGUUAACUGCCUUGUAAUCAAAUGUGUCAUAGGUUAUAUAAUAAUACUUUUUUUGUAAAUUGUUCACCCAUAUAAUUUCCCUCAAAUCAAUAAUUUAUACUUUUAUUCUCUUAAUUCUCUGUUACUUUUUGGUUUUAUUUGUAUUUAGUAAUAUCAAUUAUUAUUCUACUGUAAUGGAUGAUCUUAAAUAUAUGUUAUGUUUGAAAUAACUUUCCAUUCCAGUACUUUUAUUUCAAAAGCAAAACAGCAGAAACAAUAAAUGUUGAUAUUUUAAUGCAGACCUGAAAAUCAUGAGCAUUAAAAAUGUUGAUGCAGAAAAAUAAAAUAACUCAACUCACAAAGAA